CACCAUAUUUAGACAAACCCUUCCCACUCACAAUUUGGUUGGUUAUACAUAUUGUGUCUCUCUUUCAGGCAAUAACUAUUAUAGAGCUUCGUACUAAAAUGCCUCCGACGACAAGAAACCUCGUACUGGUCAUAUUCUUCGCACUGUCGUUAUUUUCUGCCUCAUGCGACGGCGGCAGCCUCCUUCACACUCGGACUUCGUGCCACCGCCACCACCGCCACCGCUGCCGCUACAGGAAACACCACAAAGGUGGUCACACACAUAAUAAGCAUUUGAAAGGCAGGAAACAGCCUCAUCAGAAAGUGUUGAGUGUAGAUGAUUUUGGCGCCAAGGGUGAUGGAACCACCGAUGAUUCCGAGGCGUUUAAGAAAGCUUGGAACAAGUUUUGUAACUCACGAGGAUCCAUGCUUGUAAUCCCUAAUAGGAAGACAUAUUUGCUUAGUCCAACACACUUUAGUGGCCCCUGUUAUCCAAACCUUAAACUUAGGAUACACGGAACGAUCAAAGCUUCUGGGAAUAAAAAUGACUACAAAAGUGACAGACAACGUUGGCUCAAGUUCAGUGACUUGAAAAAUUUCAUGGUUGAUGGUGGAGGAGUCAUAGAUGGCAAUGGCCAAAAAUGGUGGAAGGACUCUUGCAAGGUCCAAAAAAGUGAGAUUUGCGAUAGAGGCGAUAUACCAUAUGCAGUCACAUUCCAAAAUGGGACAAAUAUAAGUGUAGAAGACUUAUUAUUCAAAAAUCCGCAGAAAAUGCACCUUGUUUUUCAAGAAUGUCAUAGUGUUAGGGUUUCAAAUAUUGUUAUACAAGCUCCCGAGGACAGUCCCAAUACUGAUGGAAUUCACAUAUCACAUACUACAGACGUCGAGAUUACAAAUUCCGUGAUUGCUACAGGCGAUGAUUGUAUUUCAAUAGUGAACGAAUCAAAUAAUGUUAGAAUAUCACGUAUAGUAUGUGGACCGGGACAUGGAAUUAGUAUAGGAAGCUUAGGGAAAAUGGACAAUUUAGAGGAACACGUUACAAAUAUCAUUGUGGACACAGUGGUGUUCAAAGGAACUACUAAUGGAGUCAGAAUCAAAACUUGGCAGGGAGGAAGGGGAUAUGCAAGGAACAUCUUGUUCGACAACAUUGUAAUGAAGAAUGUAACAAAUCCCAUAAUCAUAGAUCAGUUCUACUGCGAUAAUCCUAGAGACAAUUAUGGCAACAUUCUGCCUUGUCCCGAGCAGGUCGGAGCGGUGGGAGUGAGCAAUGUGAUAUAUAGAAACAUUAGAGGAACAAGUGCAAGGGAGUUGGCCAUAAGGUUUGAGUGCAGCAAAACGGUUCCAUGUAAAGGGAUUUUGCUGGAAAAUGUGAACUUAAUAGGUGAAGAAGAUAAAGGAGUUGUUAAAGCACAAUGUUAUAAUGUUAAGUAUGCAAUUAAAGGGCAUGUUUUCCCUAGUUGUGGUUAAAUAAGACUUCACAAUAUUUUAAUUCUUUGCACAUAACACACAUUUAUACAUGUACUUCAAAUUAUGCCUGGUAUAUGUAAUUGAUUAUAGAUUAUUUCCCAUAAA